AUUGUAUUACGCUGACGGCCAAUUAUGGGGUACUUUACCCUAGUCAAUUACUUUUCUGGUCUGUUCGAGGCAACUAAUUUAAGUCUAGCGAUCUAAAACAUUUUCAAGUUUUAUAUGACAGCUCAAAUAAAAAAAAACAGAAAUGUCAGGCUCAGGUGUCAAAGUGACGUUUGGCUUGCCCUAACAUUAUUUGGAGCAGUAUCCACAAACUACUAAGAAGAUACUACUACGUAUGGCAGUAUCGGUACUAUCGGUAUCGCCUAUUGUAGCAAAGAUCGCCCCUAUUAUUUAUCAAAAUCUGUUAUUUCAUAUGACCCAGAUACCGUGCGAGAAGAUGGAAUCAUAAACAUCACUAUGGAUGACACGGAAAGUACGACAACAUCAGCUGACGAGAACACAGGCAACUUGUGCGAUAAUCCCACAAGAGACACGUUAGCCGAGGGGCUUUUGGGUCUCCUGAAGCCUACGGUAGACCAACUGGACGAUAGAGUUAGAGCUACUAGGAUAUCACAAUUAGAACUAAAACAGCAAAUAGACUCGCUGAACGAGGAGCUUCAGAAAGUCAGAGAAGCUUUGAACAACCACCCGGACUUGGACCCUUAUGUGAAGAAGCUGAUUGCCUGUAAACACAAAGUCACUGUUGUGUUAAAUGUUCUGCAGGCUUCACAAGACAGACUUAAUGAUAUAAGGCGCAUGGUCAGCAAAGAAAAAGGUGUCAGGACCAUAACAGAGUCUCAGUCCCAGGACCCCUUGGAAGGACCUAGUGGCAGCAGUGAGGUGUCCGAGAAGGGAAGCAUCAAUUGA